UGGUACCAUCGUCUCCUCUCCUCGUCCUCUCUACGGACUUCAUUUGUCGUGUCGUCUGAAAACCAGGACAUGGAACUAUAUAAUGUUCAAGGAAAACAGCAAACUGCAAAUAUCCUCCUGGGUUGUCUGGUGUUGUUUUUACUUUCUGUACUCUGUCCAGCUGAGAAACUCUGUACAGUUUCUCCUGACCCCGUGUCUAUAAAAGAGAACAGCACUGUGGACGUUCUAGUAGCCAGAAUCACCUGUAGUGACGAUGUUCAGCUGACCGUCACGGAGAACCCUGCGGAGGCGUUCUACCUGCGGGGGACGGACCUCAUCGCCAAGAGAGGACUGGACUUUGAGUCUCUGCCCCGUGUGGAUGAUGCUCUGUGGGUCCGGGUGCGCUGCAACAGAACUGGCUCCAGAUCAGUGAACGUGUCUGUUGAAGUUUUCAUUGAAAACGUGAACGAUAAUCCUCCAAACUUCGCUCAGAGUCAUUACGUUCUCCAGGUGAACGAGCUGACUCCUGUGAACACCAGUGUUGGUCGGAUAGAGGCCACAGACAUUGACUCUGAGCCCUCUCUCUCCCACAUAUUGCUGACUCCUGUGAACACCAGUGUUGGUCGGAUAGAGGCCACAGACAUUGACUCUGAGCCCCUGUACUAUCGUUUAGAGUCAGCCACGAACAGGUAUCUACGACUGGAGAAUGCCAACACCCCCAACAUACUGGUGCAAAACAUAAUUGACUACGACUCUGUCCAAAAGAUCUCCCUGGUCUUACAUGUACAGGACACGUAUAACGUUUCUGAGUCCGGCGAGCCUUCGUUCACUGCCGUGGUGACCAUCACGGUUAACGUGAAGGACGUUGACAACCGUCCACCGUGGUUCCAGCCCUGUGUCAGAACCAACCUGGGGAUAGCCAAACUGUGUGUCAGCUCUGGCUACAGGGCAAAGGUCAACCUCACAGAGAAAGAGGACGGUGCUCUAUCUCUGGAGCCUGGUCCGUUAUACGCCAAGGAUGGAGACAGAAACAGGAGUGAGCUGAUCAGCUACAGGAUAAUUAGAGGGAAUGAAGGCAGCAUCUUCCAGAUCGAUGAGGAGACGGGGAACAUCUCCAUGGCCAAAGCGGCAGACAUAGCAGGCCCAAUAACCCUCACGGUCCUGGCCUCCCAGGUCACCAACAGGGACCAGUUUGCGGUGACUCAGGUCACCAUCGAGGUGCUGAGGAAGAGCAGGAACCCUCCGCGGUUUGAGAAGGAGCGUUAUGAAGGUUACAUCUACAGUAACUCAGUCCCAGAGACCAUGAUCCUACGAGACAGAACCUCCAACAGACCCUUCAGGGUCAGGGCCAGAGACGAGGACUUUGCCACCGGUGUAAACCCAGACAUGAGAUAUGAGGUGCAGUACAGCAGUUAUGUCAACGUGACAAACGAAGGGUUUGUUCUUCUCAAGAGGAUUGUGAAGACAGAGUCCUUCGCUCUGCAGAUUCGUGCUAUGGACCUGUCUACAGGGGAGUUUGGUACAGCGGCCCUCUCUGUCCUGGUUAUACCAGCUGUGGCGGUUCCUUUGCCCUCGGGGGCAGGGUACCGGGCGGGGGACAUGGCUCUUCUGGGAUUGGUCAUGGCAGCCAUCUUGGUUCUCUGCUUCAUCGUGAUUGGCUUCCUGAUCUCCCGCCUGAAGAAAGGAGGCGCCAACCUGGAUAAGAUAACUGAGUGUCUGGCUCCAUGUCUGAAGAUGACAAGGCCCCAAGGGAGACCCAAAGACACCCUGCAGUACACCAACGAUGGCUACCAGGGUACCGAGGGUGAUGCCCUGCGCUGCAGAUCCAGACACCCAGAGCCGAGGCAGAGCCAUCCCCUGGAGCGACGCCGGAGCGACCGCCACUGUGGCUUCUGCGGCCUGUACGCCAACCACAACGCCAAGCCCGGCCCGGCCUGCAGCCCUGCUAUGGGGGGUGGGAGAGGAGAAGGAGGAGACAAGGACGGGGUGAGAUCCAUCCUCACCAAGGGGGGAAAGAAGGAAGGAGGGAAGUCAGUGUGGUUUAAGGAGAACGAGGAUGCGUCUGGGAUCGAGGUGGAGAUCAUCCCGGAUACUUUGGGUCAGGAGGAGGAGACUGAGGAGGAGGUGUUGGACAUGGAGGAGGUGGAGGGGGGAGACAGGAGCAUGUCUAGUCAGACAGAGAUCGAUGGUGGGCAUGGGGACCAGGAGAGCCGUGGAGAGUCUGAUUCAGCUGCUAAAGAGGAAAAAGAGAAGGAGGGUUGA